AAUCGAACGUCGCCGAGAACACAACGCUUGCGCAGAAUGACGGCCAAGAUUAAGUUGCGGUCUCAACUGCAUCUGCUGACGGGUUUCAUGGCGGGAUUCGUCUUGGCCUUCGUGUUGCUCCUGUACGUCUACGAUGUGAGCAGGGUGACGCCCUACUGGAGCAGUUCUUCUACGAUGUCCACGGCUACGGCCAGGAUAGAGGAUUUUCCGCCCGCGAGGAUACUGUGCAUGGUGCUCACCUAUCCGGAAAACGUAGAGAGCUUGGCCAAAACUGUCUACAAUACGUGGGGUCGACGCUGCAGCCGCUUGAUUUUUGCCAGCAGCGAGGAUUACGAGCCACUGGGCGUAGUUGGGGUGGUCGAACCAGGUGGUGGAGGCUACGAAGAUCUGUGGAUCAAAACACGGGAGGGAUUUCGCCACCUUUGGGAAAACUUUGGCCGAGACUACGAUUGGUUUCUUAAGGCAGAUGAUGAUACGUAUGUGGUUAUGGAGAACCUGCAGCACCUGCUAAGCGGUUUCGAUCCGGAUACACCCGUCUACUUUGGCUACAAAAUGUCACGGUAUAAUGUGAGUUAUAUGUCUGGCGGUGCUUCGUACAUUCUGAGUCGCCAGGCACUCCAUCGAUUUAUGACAAGAGCCUAUGAGUCGGAGGUGAUUUGUCCACAGCCGAAAAAGAUGGGCAUCGAGGACUUUUACAUGGGCGUGUGUCUCCAGAAUGUGGGUGUCCACUUUGUUGACUCUGCACAGGCUUUGGAUGGAGAUAGGAAACCAAAGUUUAUGCCUCUGGACCUUGAGAACUAUAUGUCGGAUGGAAAUUAUACUAUUCCGGAAUGGUUGCGCCUGAUGAGUGUGCCAAAAGUUGAAACCGGCUUGGGCUGUUGCUCAAAUUAUUCAGUGGCUUUCCAUUACGCUAGCCGCGAGCGCAUGUUUCUCUACGAGUUUCUUAUAUAUCAUCUCAAAGUUUAUAAGCCUGAUCAAAUUUCGGAGAGCAAUCAUAGAAAUCGUUUAACUUUAUCUGAUUUAGUGAGGCGAUUUCCCCUGGAAAAUAACUCCUAUGUCAAAGACUUGCUACAAAUGUCUGAGAAACCUGAUAAUUUUUAAUUAUUUAAUUUUAUUGUUAUUUUAGCUAAA